GCCUCAUCAACUUCAUUUUCUUUCUUCCUCGCAUCUUUCUUUCUCGCACCAGAAAGAAAACUCUAAAGUUACUUUCAGACUCAUAAAUGCUGAACCAUCUAAUACUGAAAUGAGGUUUGUUCCAAAAAUUAGUGCCGGUGGCAAAAUAAAUUACAAUCAGAAUCUCUCAAAUCUCCACUAAUUUUUUUUUUUCCUUCUUUUUUUUUUUUUUUUUUUUUGAGAUCUGUUCCUUCUUACAAAAACACAAAAAAAAUCUCAUCUGUUUUUUCUUUUUCUUUUUUUAAUUUUUGUCAGAACCCAGAUCAAUUACCUUUGCCUCGAUCAAUAAAUAACCACUCAAAUUGAGUUUAUUUUUUUCUCCUGGUUGCAUUAAUAACUUGAUCUGUGUUUUCCUUCUUUUUCUUAUUCUCAAUUCCAAUAUUUAUCUCCAGCUUGUUUUUUCAACAUUUACAGCUUCAUUUUGAAGUUGGAAAGCUACACUUGAACAAACCCCUUUAUUUCUUUCUCUUAUUUUUAUUUAAUCAUUAUCUUUUUCGAUCAGUUAUACGUGCGGGAAUUGAUUUUUGGAUUUCUGGGCAAAUUGGGUUUUUUUCCAACGCUGUCACAGCAGUUUAGUCAGAAGCUGAUGUGGCAAAGCUCAUUUAGCUGACAGAAGAAUAUCCACUCACUCAGUACUCCAGGAGUAGAGUUUUUUCCCUACCACUCAAUUUUCCUCACCCAUCAUUAUUUCCUUGACGCCAAAAAAAGAACAUCCGCUCUCUAUAUGAUCGAUUCCCAAUUGAAUAUCCGCUCUCUUCCAUUUCUUCAUCUCAUAUAGAUUAUCCUAGACAAUUAUUACGCAAAAAUCCAGGCAAUCAAUGGAUAUUGAUCAUCUUCAUCUUCCUAAUCUACUCCCUUUUAUCUCCACCAUCUUGGUCCUUUUGCUGCUUGUCCACCAUCUUCUAUGGAAAUCCAAACGUGACCAGAAGAAGAGGGAGCUACCAGAAGCUGCGGGUGGAUGGCCUAUUAUUGGCCACCUGCCUCUGCUACAAGGUCCACAACCUCUCCAUAUAACCUUGGGAAACAUGGCAGAUAAGUACGGCCCAAUCUUCACUAUCAGGAUGGGAAUCUACAAAACUUUGGUUGUAAGUAACUGGGAAACGGCCAAAGAGUGUUUCACUACCAAUGACAAAGUGUUUGCCAACCGUCCAAAGCUCGUUGCCCACGAUAUAUUGGGCUACAACUAUGCCAUGAUUGGGUUCAGCCCUUACGGCUCUUACUGGCGACAAGUGCGAAAGAUUGCCACUCUUGAAGUACUUUCCCACCACCGUAUUGAGAAACUCAGUCACGUCCGAGAAUCCGAGGUGAAAAUAUCCAUCAAAGAGCUGUACGAGCUGUGGGGAAACGACAGUAGCGUGGUUGUGGAGAUGAAAAAUUGGUUUGGAGAUGUUGCAUUAAACCUCAUAUUCAGGAUGGUCGUAGGGAAGCGAUAUCUAGAAGCUACAGCCACGAAUGGUGAUGAGUGCCGAAGAGCGUUGAGGGAUUUUUCCGAAUUGACUGGGAUUUUUGUGGUAUCGGAUGCGAUUCCACAUCUGAGAUGGUUGGACUUGGGAGGACACGUGAGAGCAAUGAAGAAGACGGCCAAAGUGCUGGAUCAUUUGAUACAUGGAUGGCUGGAGGAGCAUAAGCCAAAGAGAAGUAAUUCUGUGGAGGAGGAGAAGCAAGACUUUAUGGCUGUGAUGCUUUCGAUUCUUGAUAGUGAUCAAGAAAUUGCCAGUUUUGAUGCUGAUACAAUCAACAAGGCUACAUCCUUGGCUCUUAUUUUAGCGGGCACGGACACAAUGAUGGUAACCUUGACAUGGGCUCUGGCCCUGCUCCUAAACAAUCGAGGUGCAUUAAAGAAGGCCCAACAAGAACUGGACGAGCACGUUGGCAGAGAUAGGCAAGUAAAGGAAUCGGACCUAAACAAGCUGGUGUAUCUCCAAGCCAUUCUCAAAGAGACGCUGCGUUUAUACCCAGCCGCACCACUCUUGCUUCCUCACGAGUCCAUGGAGGACUGCACUGUAGGUGGCUAUCACGUCCCAAAAGGCACAUGCCUUCUUGUCAAUCUUUCAAAGAUUCAUAGAGACCCAAAAAUCUGGUCAGAUCCAAACGAGUUUCGGCCCGAACGCUUUCUUACAACCCACAAAGCGGUUGACGUACGAGGCCAGAAUUUUGAAUUAAUUCCGUUUGGCAGCGGUAGAAGAAUGUGCCCUGGUGUAUCACUUGCACUUCAAUUUAUGCAACUCACGCUCGCUGCUUUGCUUCAUGGGUUUGAUGUGGCAACCCUCUCCAAUGAAGCGGUUGAUAUGUCUGAGAAAUUUGGACUGACCAACAUGAAAGCCUCCCCGCUUGAUGUCCUUCUCACCCCACGCCUUCCUGCUAAUCUUUAUUAUUAAAUAAAUCAGUAUGAAAAUUAUGCAAUAGAUAUGACACAGUUAAGUGUUACCUCACUGGGAUAUUAAGCAACUUGUUUGGUAUGUAUCUCGAUCAACUCAAUCAUCUAUGUAUACACACCCUCAAUUCUCAAAUAUGCACGGUUCUUUUGUUGCA